CUACAUCCCCCCUCAUCCAUCGUUGGCAGAAGCUGGAAUGAAAGCAGUCGACAAAUUCCUUUCGCUCUGCUCGGUCGGUGUUGCAGUCAACUCUCGGCUGUGUUUUUUUUCCCCACCAACUAAGUGAAUCCACAUAACACAAACGCGAUCAACGCGGAUAUACGCGUCGUCAUUGCUCGGCUCGUUUCAUCAUGUGCCGUCUUUGAAAAGAAAGAGAGAAAAAAAAGUUCUUUUUCUUUCUCGUCUACUUGUCGUUUUGGCUUCACACGGAAUAAGCUGUAUUGACGACCGAAAAAAACUUUUUGCCCAUCGAUCCGGCCUCUAAUAAAGUUGCGGGAAGCGACGGAAUCAUCUCCUAAGGCCAAUAGAAGCGAUGCGGUGUUUUGUCGUGGACAUGGGUGUGUUGCCAAGAGUUUGAAAGAAAUUUGAAGAACACAACAUCAUGAACUGUUACGGCCGGAUCCUGUCGUCCUAUCCAGCUGGGGUAGUCGCAGCCGUGGCUACGUUUUCCAUUGCUUGCCUCAUCGUCGUAUUCACCCUACAUUCCGUUCCAGAUUUCUCCGAUCCUCAAUUGGGUUUCGAGUGCCGAGGGACAGUGUUGUCACGUCGAGCUGUCGCAUGGGAAAAUCUUUUGCGAGCGAGCCAGAGAGCCGGACCACUCAGUAUCAAUCCGUUGGAAUCAACUGGAACUUCCGCAUCUUCGCUUAAAAGCAACGAGGCUCCCCGAAAAAAGAAUAAGAUGAAAGCACAUCAGCGGACAAAUAGCAGCCGCGGUGAAUCUAUUGGCUCCAUAGAGGCAACUUCGUCGUGGGGAGCUGUCCGUACGCGCAGCAACAGUCUGGACGAUGAUCACCGAGAAACCAACAAAGCCAAAACCAAUAAAGUCUGGGAGACGAAACGACAACAACAAAAAACUAGUCAAGUCCACUCGUUUGAAGUGCUGCGCGGCCACGGAACUUCUAAAGAUGCAACAGCCAAUCACAGCCAUUUUCAAUGGGGCGAAACCGUCACUCGCUCACCAGCUCAUCCUGUGCGACAUAAGCCAAUGUGGAGUCAGUUACAACAGCUGGGCACUGCCGGAUUGUUGCGAUCCGACGAGGAUGAUCGAGAAGAAGGCGAAGAAGAGGAGACUAAAAAACCGCAGAAUUCGUUCUAUUUCUGCGACCAGCCGCACGGUGAAUACGCGCACGUCGUUUUCGCUUCGGCUGGUGAACAGAAUCGAUCCCUGUGGAAUGUAGAAUCCAUUCAAUCCAUGUGUCGACUCGAUGAGAUCAUGAGAUCUAGCCCACUUUUCCCUACCGUGUGUCAACAACCGGCUCACCAGCAAUCCGCUCAUCGUCAAUGUUGCCAAUCUUGGACUUUGGGCCACUACGUGGCUUUAAUGAGAAAUCGGUCCUCCUGUUCGGAUAUCGACGCGGCCGACGUGACCGUAGUUUUCAACAUUCUCGAAGCGUGCUCCAGGCAUUACCACGGGCUUCAAUUGUCACCAAACUGCGAUAGCAUCGUUCAAGAGGGUUCCAGCGGGCCAAAUAAUGGCGAUUGCGGGGACGACGUGCCGGAAAUUUGCACACGCCACAAUGCCGUUUAUCAUAUUUUGCAUUAUUUGACGGACGCUGAGUUUUUAGUUGGAGGCAAUCAACAUUUGCGCUACGCUGCAAUCUUCCUUCCAGCAGCUCGGAGUACGGCUCUCCUACCUUAUUUUGACUGGCUGGACAGUCACAAAGAGUUUUGGCCUCUUGCUGAUAAUUACACAGUAGCCGUGGCGAUGGACCUGGGACUGAAAGAGGCCCUUUUCAACGAGUACAUGAUCCGCGACGUCCUCUUCCUCAGCGUCGGGGCUUUCCUCGUCUGCACUCUGAUGUGGUGGUACACGGCAUCGCUCUUUCUCACCUUCAUGGCCAUCGUCUCGGUCGUCCUGUCGCUGGCCGUCGCUUAUUUCGUCUACACGUUCGUCUUUGAACUGGAUUUCUUCCCGUUUAUGAAUCUGCUGGCCGCCGUAAUCGUCGUGGGAAUAGGAGCCGACGACGUCUUUGUUUACGUCCAGGUCUGGCGCUGCGCGAAGCUGGACAAAGAUGGAACAACACUUCCUAAAUUGGUGAUGGAUACGUUAGGUCACGCAGGCCUAUCUAUGUUGGUGACAUCGCUGACAACAGCAGCGGCUUUUUUCUCUUCCUUCAUCUGUCCAGUGACAGCCAUCCGGUGUUUCAGCCUUUUUGCUGGCCUCACAGUCACCAUCCAUUUUCUUUUUAUGUUAUCCUGGCUGCCAGCUUCAGUCCUCUUGGCGGAGAAAUAUUUUUCGCCCGUCUGUCGUCAAAAUACUGGCCGAUCAGCUCCAGUUUUUGUCAACUCAUUUCGCAGCUGCUGGCGUACCAUUUCCGACCUGGGACGGAUUACAUUCGACAAAAUAUUGCCCUGCAUCGUGGUCAAGUUUCGCUAUUUUUGGAUUGUUCUUUUGGGAGGGUUGGCCAUCGCUGCUGGAGUUAUUGUAUUCCAUUACCCGAAAUUGGAAUUACCCGACACGAAAGAAUUUCAAUUGUUUUCAUCCAGCCAUCCGUUCGAACGAUAUGAUAUGGAAUUCAAGCACGAAUUCUGGUUUGAAAGGUCUCAGCGUGCAGAAUUGCUGGCCAAACUGCCGUUACGAUUUGUGUGGGGAGUAGCAGCGGAAGAUAAUGGCAACUAUUUGGAUCCGUCUUCCAAAGGCUCAUUGGUUCUGGAUCCUACUUUCAAUAUGGCUGCUCCUGAAUCUCAAGAAUGGCUUUCGCGAUUCUGCAAGGAGAUCAGAGAUCAACCAUUUUUCCAGCCAAUGAUCGGCCCGUUACUUCCAAAUUGUUUCAUUGAGACGUUCCAAUCUUGGAUGGACAGGCGUUGUGAGGAUUCAUUCGACCGGAGAAACCGGACUCCCUGCUGCGAGACGUCGACGUUCCCUUACGCAGAAGAUGUAUUCAACGAGUGUAUCGUGUUGGCCGUCAAAGAUCUUUAUGAAACGCCUGCCCAGUUUUUCUUGCCGGGCGUAGCAGGUCCCCGUUUUUCCAAGUCGACUCAGCGGGUCGAUGCCGUCGUUAUCGAAUACGACAGCAACAUCAGCUACUCUCUUUCGUACACGGAGAUGAACGACUUCUAUCGCCAAGUGGAGCAAUGGAUGGACGAGCAGUUGGCCAAGGCUCCAUUGGGAAUGAAAGGCGGAUGGUUCACGAGCGAUUUGGCUUUUUACGAUGUUCAACGCAGUUUAUCGGAAGGCACCGUCAGUGCCAUAGCUCUCGCCAUGGCUAUUGCUCUGCUAGUCUUGAUUUGCGCGACGGGCAACCUGUGGCUCAGCUUCAUUUCCGUCGUCUGCCUCAGCAGCGUCGUCCUCGUCUCGGUCGCCGUCCUCGUCCUCCUCGGCUGGAAGCUCAACAUCCUCGAAUCCGUCUCCGUCACCAUCGCCGUCGGCUUGUCGGUGGAUUUCACGCUGCACUACGCCGUCGGCUACCGGCUCAGCGCCCAGGAGACGGACCGUGAAUCCGCCGUUGUCUUUUCCCUUUCGCGGAUGAGCAGCCCCAUCGCCAUGGCGGCCGUCACAACACUCUCAGCCGGAGCGGCCGUGCUGCCAUCCAGCGUCGUUGCCUACCAGCAAAUUGGCACUUUUGUCGUCGUCGUCAUGGCGACGUCGUGGAUCUACUCGACGCUUUUGCUCCCGUCGAUGUUGCGAGUCUGCGGGCCGCAGAACGGAUGCGCCCAAAUCCGCUGCCCCAAUUGUACGCAUUGUUUUCGUUGUUGUUGUCCCAACAGUCCGACGCACGUCGAUAAGACCGUCUACAGUUACGGACUGUCAGAAUCGACUCUGUCAACUUCCAGUACCUCCUGUCCUAAUCCUAAUCCCAACAUUGCCACUGUCCAUUGCGAGACUCACGAACUGGAACCUCUAACAUCAAGCCAUCGAGUCAAAGCCGUUCGUGGAAGACCACGGUCGGGCAGUUUGGUGGCCACAAAUGACAAUCUGUCCUCUAUGUCUGUCCCUUCAUCAAUCAUGUUGGCUAAAAAUGGACGUAAAAUGAGGAAGAUCAGUCUGCCCAGUACGGCCCUGCUCGUGGCAGAGGCCAAUCGUGAGCCUGAAGUUGUCUGCAUAGAAACUCAAAAUUCGGACAUGUGGGCAGCGUGAAAAAAUCAUUUUCCUGUCUGCUCCUGAUAUUCAUUUUAUUUCGAAAUCACGAACGAUUUUAUUCUGUGUACGUAUGUUUUUCUUUUUAUUUAAACCAGUAUUUGAUAUUAUUGUUAAUUAAACUGUUGAUUUGUAUAGCGAUGGGUGCUACUGGCUUCUGUCAAACGGUGGGAAGAGUACAUCAAAUUGUGAUGAUCUCAAUACGCACACUCAUUUGACUUGUUCUUUUAUCGACUUUAA